CCAAUAUCCUCACGAACAAAUCUACCCUGAACUAAAAACAAGAGCCCAAAAUCAUCCCAUUUUCCUCAAAAUAUCUCUAAAAUCUACCGAUCAACUUACUCAAACCCACAAAUCGGAGCACUUCAUUCGGUCAUUUUACAGAUGGUUUUCUUAAGCUGGAAUCGCCCGUCUCCUCAAGAACAAAAGGCUUGCAUUGAGAAGUCUGGUGCCUUUAACUAUGACAGUAAAUAUAGAGGAACUACCGCUAAGCAAUUGUCUUCCCUUCAAGAAGAUGGGGAGCUCUCAAAAGAUGGUUUCUUAAGCAACCAUGCUCGCAUUUUGGUGGGUUCGGGUCUUGAGACCUAUGAGAAGGGCAAGAGCGCUCUUCAGUCUUGGAGGCAUUUUGGAUUUAAUUGGACAUUUGUUGAUCCCAAGACUCCAAUUCAAAGUGGGGAGAAGUUCUGUGUUUGUGUUAAGGAAUUUUUUCCCUGGCUCAUGAUGCCUCUACAAAUGGUGUAUGUAAACGAAAACAGAAACACUAAAAAUGCUGUGGCCUCUUUCAGCUUUGGCAGUGGCACCCUUCAAGGACACCUACUGGCCGGGGAAGAACGCUUUGCGAUUGAGCUGGAUGAGAACAACCGUGUCUGGUAUGAAAUUUUUUCCUUUUCCAAGCCGGCUCACUUUCUGUCGCUUAUUGGAUAUCCUUAUGUACUUGCAAAGCAAAAAUAUUUUGCUCAUCAAUCCGCCAAUGCAGUUCGAAAGCAUUUGUCUUCAUAAGAUCUGGGAGCACUGAGUAAUGUGCUAAUGUAAAUUCCAGUAUUGCAAAUUUCUAUGGGACAAUUAGAAUCUUCCACCCACCUGCCUUGCUGUAUUGAUUUGUAUUCCCUUCUUUUAGUUGUAUACUUCCAGUGUCCUGGGAAAUUUCUGCAAUUAUUAAUUUAGUUAAAAA